UCAAAAAAACCAUAAAGAUACUAAAAAGAGUGUGAUAUUGGUUUGCAAGACAAAAGAAUUUUAUGUCGAAAUUCUGCCUUGGCUAUGGAUUGUAAAUUUGUUGUAUAUAAUGCGGCUCGAGACAAUAACUUAUCGCAGUUGAAGCAUACCCUCUCCAACAGAUCAGAGUCAGAAACAAAGAUGCUUAUAUCUGCGAGAGUUAACGGAGCAACACCAUUAGUAAUUGCCUGCCGAAAUGGUCACUAUAACAUUGUAGAGUAUUUGCUAAAACGACACGCCAAUGUUGAGCAAGUGGGUUCCGUGAGUUUUGAUGGUGAGCCAAUUGAGGAUGCGCCACCGCUAUGGUGCGCCGCAGCAGCUGGUCAUUAUGGUAUUGUAAAGCUCCUUGUUCAUCAUGGGGCAAAUGUAAAUAGUACCACCCGCACUAACUCUACACCACUCCGCGCUGCUUGUUUUGAUGGACAUUUUGAUAUUGUCAAGUUCCUGGUGACCAAUGGUGCAGAUUUUGAAGUGGCAAAUCGACAUGGACAUACAUGCUUAAUGAUUGCAUGCUACAAAGGUCAUUACAAGAUCGCUCAGUAUCUAUUAACUUUAAAUGCAGAUGUGAAUCGGUGUAGUAUAAAAGGAAAUACAGCUUUGCAUGACUGCGCAGAAUCUGGUUCACUCGAGAUUUUGCAAUUGUUGUUAAAACAUGGCGCAACAAUGGAUGUCGACUAUUACGGUAUGACGCCACUUUUGGCCGCGAGUGUGACGGGGCAUUUGCCAAUUGUGGAACAUCUUAUUACCUUGGCCUGCGUUAGUAGAAAAAGUCGCAUCGAUGCUUUAGAACUCUUGGGUGCAACAUACGUAGAUAAAAAACGUGACAUGAUCAGUGCUUUGUCCUUGUGGCGAAGGGCAAUGGAAGAUCGAAAUCAAGAACCUAAAAUACCAAAAACUGUCAGCGAACCAAUUGCAGCUUAUGAAUAUGUAUCAGAAGUGAAAACAAUAGAAGGACUCGAAGAGUUAGUACUAGAUCCCGAUGAAAUGCGAAUGCAAGCUUUAGUUAUACGACAGCGAAUUUUAGGUCCUACACAUCCUGAUACAAGCUAUUACAUACGUUUCAGAGGAGCGCAUUAUGCAGACGCUGGACGUUUUGAUCGUUGUAUUGAGUUAUGGACAUAUGCUUUGACGAUGCAGCAGAAAAUUUUACAACCUCUCAGCCCAAUGACCCAAUCAUCUUUGUUAUCAUUUGCGGAACUGUUUAGUUUUAUGCUUGUUGAGGCCGGUCGUUUAUUGCCUCGCGGUCGCAUUGUUCCUCCAAUUGAAGCCAGAGAUAUGUUGCUGAUAUUUAAUAAGGCUGUUCUAGAAGUGGAGCGAGGCCUUAAAUGGACUAUAGAACAGGAAAAAAAUCCGGCCAUAGUACCAUCAAUACAUGAUUGUAAUCACGAUCCAAACGCGCUGAGUCGCGCCUUAGUAAGCGCUUUACAUAUUGGUUGUUUAUUGGCUUCCCUUGAAGAAGAUGAAAAUUUCUGCCCAAAUAUGCGCAAACAAAUUUUAUAUUCUUUGUACAAGUUGAAUCGGCUUAAAGUGUCUGUUCGAUCGGGACGAACAGCUCUACACUACGCUUGUUACCGAGAAGGAACGCUUGUCGGUCGUUAUCCAGCUUGUCAGUUUCCUUCCCCAGCACUAGCUAAAGCUCUACUCGAAGUUGGAGCUGACCCAAAUGCUAGGGAUGAUGCAGGAAACUCUCCUUUGCAUUUGGCUGCAACAGCGCAACAAUGUCCUCGAACGCUUUCAAAAGUUCUUUUAAAACAUGGCGCGCAUCUGGAUGCCAAAAAUGAUGCCGGCGAAACCUUUGAAUCAUUAUUGAAACCCAGGAAAAUACAUGAAGUCGUCAAUCCAUUGAAAUAUACCACUCUGGCUUGUUUGGCUGCACGAGCCAUACAAAAACAUCGAAUUAAAUAUACGAACAUUGUGCCUCCAUCGCUUUAUACUUUUAUUGAAAUUCAUUAAUUGCUGUAAAGCGUCAAUACCGCGAUGAGUAAUGGUAUAUUGAACGCUUGUAGUGUGGAUGACCAUUAACCAAGUGGCAAAUGAUCGAGGUUAUAAAUAAUUUGUGAUCGUUUUUUCAAAUUUGAUUUAAUCUUAUUUUACAUGUAUAUUGCUUACUCGAGUGACAUAUAAGGAAACAUUUAAGUUAAUUCUACUAACGUUCAUGUUUAUUUUCUUUUUCUUUCAUAUUUGCACUGAUAAAUAUAAUGUAACAAAAUACAGUAGACUUUAGAGGGUUCAAUGUUAA